AUUUAACCCUCGUCGUGCACGCAACGUGGGCGAACAGCAGCAGCAGCAGCAGCAGAAGUAUCAAUUGCGAUAUAUCCAAUUUUGGAGUCUUGGCGAAACGAAUGAGACGCGAAUGAGAAGCGCUAUCAUUAGUCUUCGUUAGGCGGUCUUUGUGUCAACAACGUGUUGCUCCACAUUUUUUAGCCCACCCAGUGUGCGUUAGUGUUGUUUCCGUGUGCUGGAGCUGCGUGUGCGUUUACAAAAUAACGGUACUCUGCUCAUUUAUCACGGCGAAAACCAGAAACAAAGUGUUGCAUACUCUAAAGAGCGUGCGACUUAAGUCGUUUGUGCCACACUGUGCAACAAGUUUAUUCAACUUUAAAGUGUUUGUGCCAAAUACAAGUGCAAGUGCAAAUAAACACAAUACUUUAUACAUUAAAUAUAAAAUAAUAUAUAUAUAGAUAUAUAUUUACACUCGCCUACAAAGAGAAUAGCGCCAAAGCAGCGCAUUAGUCAGCGGAAAAAAUUUACUGCUUUACAGAGGACCGUACGUGACGCGGCCCUUUUUAUACACUUAAUCAAAAGCCAAGAGCGAAGAACCCGCGGCCCGCUUUCGCAAUGUUGCCGCAUCAUCAUCAGCGCCACAGAAUGUGGAAGCUGCUGGGCUUGCUGCUGCUCUUGAGCAGUUGCCUCGUGGCGCCCGCUGAGGCACGCUCGCGGGAUAAGGAGGAGCGACGCAGCAAUCGUGGACGUAACAGCAAUUUGGGCGCCUCUGCUUCCGCAUCGGCCGUGACCGGCAAUAACAAUGGCGGCUACUACACUAGCAGCUCGGCCUAUGGCAGCAGCAGUGGCAGCAGCGCCUUGACAGGCAUCACUGGCUACAACGGACCCAUCGAUACCACCGGCUUUUGUAUGCGCCGACGUGAUAUGAAGCUCAUGUGCUACUGCACGCCGGACGAGAAUCACAUUCCCGUGCAGAAGGCCGAGUGCUGGGUGUUCUCGGAGGGCUUGCAUCAGAAUGAUACCACCUGGACGCGCUUCUAUCAGCAGAAGCGUCUGCGCGAGCUCAAGUUCGUCAUCCAGAACAAUGCACGCCUGGACUACAUACCCACCAUGAUCAUUGAGCCGCUGAAGAAUCUGAGCAGCAUCGUCAUCGAGUACUCCCAGGUGGAGAUCGUCAAGAGUUAUGCCUUUGCCAAUUUGCCCUUCCUCGAGCGCAUCAUUCUGAACAACAAUCACAUUAUGGCCCUCGAUCAGGAUGCCUUCGCCAAUCACAUACGCUUGCGUGAACUGAAUCUGGAGCACAAUCAGAUCUUUGAAAUGGAUCGUUAUGCUUUCCGCAAUCUGCCGCUGUGCGAGCGUCUCUUCCUGAACAACAACAACAUCAGUACUCUGCACGAAGGACUCUUCGCGGACAUGGCACGGCUGACCUACCUGAAUCUGGCCUACAAUCAGAUCAAUGUACUGACCAGCGAGAUCUUCCGCGGAUUGGGCAAUCUAAAUCUGCUCAAGUUGACGCACAAUAAUCUCAAUUUUAUUGGCGACACGGUGUUUGCUGAGCUCUGGAGCUUGACUGAGCUGGAGCUGGACGAUAAUCGUAUCGAGCGCAUUUCGGAGCGUGCCUUGGACGGUUUGAAUAAUUUGAAAACGUUGAAUUUGCGCAAUAAUUUGCUGAAGAAAAUUGACACCGGCUUGCUGCGUGGCACGCCGGCUCUGCUGUCCAUCAAUGUGCAGGCAAACAAAUUGGAAACACUCACGUUCUACACAUUCCAGCCAAUUAUGGACAAUUUGGUCAACAGCACCAGCGAGCUGUUGGUGUCAGACAACAAAUUCAUUUGCGACUGUCGUCUGCAGUGGAUCUUUGAAUUGAGAAAUCGCACACGUCACCAGCAGCUGCGCGACUCAUUGGAGAAUUUCAUUUGUGCUCUGCAGGAGCCGAAGCUGUCGCACUUCGUGGAUCCGGUGCCGUCGCAUAUACUCGAUCUGUUAAACUUUGGCGGUUUCACGGCCAUUGGCAGCAACAGCGCCAGCAUGGGCGGCAUUGGCGGCAUCGGCAGCAGCAGCAGCAGCAACUACGCCAAUCUGGAGGAGCUGAGCAGCAGCAAUGGGCUGACCAUGAAAAAGCAUAGCUCGAGCAAAUCACGACAGGCGUUGCGCGGCCAGCGACAAUUCACAGACAAUACCGAAAAUGUGGUCGAGUCGAAGCUGCGAGUGCGUCGCAAGCGUCAACAGCAACCGGAAGCGGAGAUAGGCGGCGUCGCUGCCGUGGCGCAAACACAAAAGCGGUAUGACUACUACGACGACACCAAUGGCAAUGCACACGCAUCGAGCUUGGGCCUGACACAUGGCUUGGACAUGGAUGACAAUCUGAACUUGCAUAAGCAAAGCAGUUUCUAUGGCGCCACUGGCCUGGCUCACAACGAUGUCGAGUUGCAGCACCAGCUGCAACCGCAAGCCGGCGAUGCACUCGACACCAUGGCCAAUAAGAACUCCUUGAACGUUCAUCUCUUCAUGCUGAAGCCGGAUAUGCUGCCCUGCCACGAUGAGCUGAGCGAUCCCACCGAGCUGCCACUGUCCCGUGAUCUGAUGGAUGUGCGCAGCAAUGCGGGCCAAGAUCUGCUCAUCAAUGGUGCAAACCCCAUGCAGCUGACACUUGGACUACUAUUAAGCAGCCUCACUCUCAUGCUGCUGCUCAGUCAGGGUUGAGCAUCUAUCGGGGAGGUCGCUCUACAGCCCAUAUGAGUUUUAAUUGUAAAUACUCGUGAGCAUUCAGUUGGUUGUUCUACAGCAAAAAUUAACUAAAUACUAAAGAUCUUUUCAUAUGGAUACAGAGUAGAACUUUUGGAAACGAGCUUCAAAAAAAUAAAACACAAAAAAAAAAGAGAUAAAGGAGAAAGAAAACUAAAACACCCUAAAGUCUUGUAUAUAUGUAAAAAAUGGAAAUUCGAUAAACCAAAAAAAAAAAAAAAAAAAAAAGUGAAACCUAAACUUAAUUUAAAACCUAGCUGUUAGCUGUAGCAUUAGUCUUGACUUUGACAGAAACUUUGAACCGAACUACCAGCAGCACUAAUAAAACCGAACAGAUAUCACGAAAAUUCAAAUAGAAAAACCAAAAACAUAAAGAAAAACCUCCGAACAAACUGGCGUUUCAUUUUAACUUAAAACAACAAAAAAGAAUAUGAAAAAAAAAAAAAAAACUUAAACCCAGC